GCCACAUUUUCACAGCCUGCUCUUCAGACUGACAGCAGCAAACGGAGUUGAGAGCCAGCGAGGGAGGACGGGAAACAGGGUUGGAGGCAUCCACAGAGGAGAGGAGACUUCUCAGGAUUUGCCCCAUUUCUUUUUCCUUUCUUUCUUUCUUUUGCCUCUAUUAGCUCUCUGGGAGCCAUAAAAGGAAUCUGCCCUGCUCUCUUCUUGAACUGAACUUGCUCUGCACCUUGCUAUGGCAGCCAACACCGUCUCCCUCUCAUCUCCUUCCUCUCAUCCGUGGACUACCCUCCUCUGGGCUCUGUUGACCCUUUUGAGCCCAGUGUGGGGCUUUAACCUGGAUACGACCCACACGCUGCACAAGUUGGGAGACCGUGGCACCUUUUUUGGCUUCUCUCUUGCACUUCACCAGCAGCUUACCCCAGAGCCUCAGAGCUGGAUCCUUGUGGGGGCGCCGCAGGCAGCAGGGCAGGGCCUGUUGAGGGGCAGUCGGCCAGGAGCCUUGUUCAGGUGUCCGAUCACGCCAGAGGAGUACGACUGUGAGAGGGUGGAUAUUGAUGGAGAUGUGAGUCUGAACAGAGAAAGCAAAGACAACCAGUGGCUGGGAGUCACUGUGAAGAGUCAGGGGAUCGGAGGGAAAGUGGUGACUUGCGCUCACCUGUAUGAGCUCAGGCAACGUGUAAGUCAACCCUCAGAGACGCGCGACCCCAUUGGACGCUGCUACGUCCUGAGCGAGGAUCUGACUGAGCGCGAUGACCUGGACGGAGGAGAGUGGAAGUUCUGCGAGGGCCGGCCGCAGGGACAUGAGCAGUUUGGCUUCUGUCAGCAGGGCCUUUCUGUCAGUUUCACCCCGGACAACAACUUCAUUCUGUUUGGGGCCCCGGGGACGUAUAACUGGAAAGGUGAGAUGCGCGUCCAGCUCCUAAACCAGACUCUGCUUGACCUCGGUUUCUAUGACGACGGACCCUACGAGGUGGCAGAUCAGAAACAGCUUAAUGCCCAGCUCAUCCCUGUGCCCUACCACAGUUACCUGGGGUUUUCUGUGGACUCCGCCAUGGGGAUAAUGAGCCUCGGGGAGCUGACCUUCGUGGCGGGUGCGCCUCGGGCCAAUCACACGGGGGCGGUGGUGCUGCUGAGGAAGGACAAUGUGUACCGGCUGGUGCCACAGCACAUUUUCUGGGGGGAGGAGCUGGCGUCUUCGUUCGGCUACUCAGUGGCGACGACGGAUCUGAACAGGGACGGCUGGAUGGAUCUGAUUGUUGGAGCUCCUAAUUUCUUUGACCGUAAAGCAGAGAUUGGUGGAGCCGUGUAUGUGUACCUGAACCCCUUCGGCCACUGGGACGAUCAGGCUCGGCCCAUCCGUCUCAACGGGACCUAUGACUCCAUGUUUGGGAUGACGGUCAGCAACAUCGGAGAUCUGGACCAGGACGGAUACGGAGAUAUUGCUGUGGGGGCACCAUUUGACGGAGACGGCAAAGUCUUCAUCUACAGGGGCUCAGAUGCUGGCAUUGAAACUAAACCUGCUCAGGUGCUCGAUGGUCGUGACUUUGAUGUGAAGCGUUUUGGAUACUCCAUCUCAGGUGGUCUGGAUAUUGAUAAUAACCAGUAUCCAGACCUUGCAGUGGGCUCUCUUAAUGAUUCAGUGGUUCUCUUCAGGUCUCGUCCAGUCAUCCAUGUGAUCAGGGAAAUAUCUAUCGGCCCUCAAUACAUUGAUCUGGAGCAGCACAACUGCAAGGGCAGAGAGGGAGUCUGCGUGGAGGUCAAGGCCUGCUUCACCUUCAUAGCCCACCCAGAACACUACUCACCACACAUUACCCUGGUGGUGCACUUUGAAGCCGACACUGAGCGCAGGAAGUUGGGCCUCCCGCACCGCGUCACCUUCCUGGGCCGCAGCUCCCUGGAGCCGGAGUACACUCAGACAGAAGAGGUGGAGCUGCAUCGGCAGCGCCACCCUGAGUGCACCACUGCUGUCUUCCAGCUCCACGAGAGCAUCCGGGACAAACUGCGUCCCAUCUCAUUGGCCAUCACCCACACAAUCAAGCCCGUGCCACCACGCAGACACUCAGGUGCCAAGAGGCUGGAGAAGCUGGCGCCUGUGCUGAAUGUUUCGCCCUCUAAUACACUGCACUCUGAGGUGAACUUCCUGCGAGAAGGAUGCGGCAAUGACAAAAUCUGCCAGAGCAACCUGAAGCUGAGCUACCAGUUUGGAACACGACCUCUGACCUCUGACCUCUUCACCCCUUUGCCAAAAGAUGAGGAUGACGUGCAGGUGUUCUCCCUGUCAGACCAGCGGUUGGUGGUGUUGGAGAUCACCGUCACCAACACGCCCUCUGACCCGCUGCGCCCUGAUGAGGACGGGGAUGACGCCCAUGCCGCUCAGCUGCUCAUCUCCCUUCCGAACACUCUGUCGUAUGCCGGCUCCAGGGUCCCGCCACAGAUGAGAUGCCAAGCGAACCAGAAUGGCUCCCAAGUCGAAUGUGACCUGGGGAACCCAGUGAAACGAGAUACUAAGCUGAAGUUCUCCAUCAACUUGAGCACAUCUAACAUCACAAUUGAGACCACUGACUUGACAGCAGAUCUCUUACUGACAACUAUCAGUGAGCAGCCUGACCUGACGCCGGUCACAGCUUUUGCUAAAGUUGUGAUAGAGCUCCCUCUGUCUGUCAGCGGGCUUGCUCGUCCUCACCAGCUGUUCUUCAGCGGGGCGGUGAAGGGAGAGAGUGCCAUGACCAGUCUGGAGGACAUCGGCAGCCCUGUGGAUUUUGAGUUUGUGGUUGCGAAUCCCGGGCAGGCUCUGCAGACGCUCGGCUCGGCCUUCCUCAACAUCAUGUGGCCGUACGAGCUGCCCAAUGAGAAAUGGCUCCUGUAUCCCUCCAGCUUGAAGUUCGAGGGUCACCCGGACACGCAGUGCACCCCAUCAGGAGCCUUGAAUCCCCUGAAGCUGCACAGCACCUCACCUGCAGAGCUUCCACAGCGCGUCAGUCACAUGGCGGGGCGAACGCGGCGCUCCCACCCGGAGGAUGAAGGUCAAGUGAUGACAAAAGGCAGCAUGGGACAAACCACCCCAGCUGUGGCAGCGUCAGAGAGACGCAAGUCACGUAAACUGGAUUGUCUCCUGGGAUCAGCACGCUGCGUCCUGUUUCAGUGUCCCCUCCACAGCUUCUCGGGUCAGGCUGUCCUCAAGAUCCACGCCAGGCUGUGGAACAGCAGUUUCAUAGAGGAGUUUCCGGCAGUCAGUGCUCUGGAGCUGCUGGUCAGAGCCAACAUCACUGUGAAGUCCAGCAUCAAACAUCUGGUCCUCAAGGAUGCAGCUGCACAGGUUCCAGUGAUGAUCUAUCCUGAGCCUGGUCUUGCUGACCAGUACUGGAUCCCCUGGUGGAUUAUCCUCAUAGCUGUCCUGGCAGGCAUCCUGCUGCUGACUCUACUGGUCUGCAUACUGUGGAAGUGCGGUUUCUUCCAGCGGGCCCACUACAAAGACAAACUGCCUCAGUACCACGCGGUGAAGAUUCCUCGCGAGGACCGGCCACAGUUCCAGACUGAGAAGUCAGGAGUUGUCCAUAAAAAGGAAUGGGCCACACACUGGAGCGACGGGACCUCGUAACUCCCCUUGGAGCACUGACUGACUGAAUUAAUUCAAAUCACCACGUGUGGCACUCAUUCUGUCUUUGCUUUGGAGCUAACAGACUAAAAAAGUGCACAUAGACUGAGAUCAUGACAUCUUGUGCGCUCUGUACUGUGUCAGUACUUCCACAUUGGUGGCCUGUUACACUGUGACUGGAUCUAUCGUCUCCCAUACUGUAGCCCGCUGAUGGCUGGCCUUGGAUAGUCUAUUUCUACUGUGCAUCUAUAUCAGUGUUUUACAGUAAAUGCUGAAGGCCAGCAACAAUAAUUAGAACCAGUGUAGUUGCUCAAUGUGUUUUACAGCCUGCAGAAGGAGCGCUGAUGCUCACAUGGACUUCACUGUCUGUCAUCAGUUUGGCAGAACAAAGGAGGACAAACAAUCACAACUCAACUACAUGCAUGAAUGCACAAACAUACAGUUUAAUGUUAGACGCAUACAGACACACUGGACGCUGUUGAUGAAGAAGCCACUGUCCGCGACAAAGACUACUUUUUGCCUUAACUACUGUGAGACUGACGACUGAUAUGGGCAAUGAAAAAAUGCAUUUUUUUAUAUAAACGAUGUUUUGGGAUUUUUCUUUAGUAGCACUGGUAAAACAUUGGGAAAAUGUCAGUGUAUGUAUGAUAAGUAAAGUAAGUAACACUUAAUGUGUUGUUCUCUGGACUUGCUGAUUGCUCUGGGCUGGCUUGAAAAAGCCAUUCAAGUUCACCUGAUGGUUUUUGUACAUCCUUAUUCAAGGAGAGACUUUUUUGUGUCAAUAUCUUUUUCGUUUUUUGUUAAUACGUCAGUCAAAUGUACUGUACAUCAACAGUUUAUUGCCUGAGUGAACUUGAAUAAGAGCAACAAAACCACCGUACAGCCUAUGUGAGCCACGGCCAUAGAACUGCUGUUGCAUGAAUCCACAUAAGUCUGAAAAAGGAAGCAAUAUUUAAAAUAUGAUCUGCCCAUAUGGAAGUGCAAGCAAUUCAAUUACUGAACCAAAAACUGAGUUUUAAAUGGAUUUCCAGACUCAUUAGGGCUAAUUUCUCCCACUUUCUAAAAGGAUUACAUGUAAAAACAUGGUCUCAAAUUAAAACCUAGAAAACUGACUGAAUUAGGUAAAUUUAAAUUAAGGGACUUUCAAGCAACACCACCUGUCUGUUUUUCACUGAGAUGUAAAACAUAUUUCAGCAGGACACAUCAUGACCUUUGCAUAAACAGUUUUCAGACUUUUCAUUCACAUUAUAUAAACCUGCUUCUCACACUGUUCCUGGUAGAGCGCUCCAGUCGUACCAGCCGGGCGAGGAUAGUACAUUAAUUUCAGUACUGACACUUCUAACUGCAUACAAGUGCCUUAUGGUAAUAGUGGCAGACUGUGAGCAGCUGGUAAAGAACAGGAGGCAACUUGCAAAUGAGAUCAUGCUGCCCUGAAGCAUCUGUUGGACACCUGUGGACAAACAGCCCUCCAACGCUUAGACAACAUGAAGAGAGGAGAGAAGAUUUCCAGAAGAGCAGAAUAUGUUGGCAAGGAACCGGACACACUUUUUUUGGAUGGAUGAAGUGGCUAUAAAGCAUGAAGAGUCAGCUUGUUUUUGAGGUAUUGCUGGACAAUCUUGUAUUUGCUGCAUGAAGCUCCUGUUGCUGUUCCCCCAUGUUU